AUGUUAAAGGCUGUGCUGAAGAAGAGCCGAGAGGGAGGAAAGGGAAGCAAGAAGGAAACAGGAGGUGACUUUGGUCCAGAGACUUCCCCUCCAGUCCUGCCCCCUGGCCAUGGUGGUGAGUUUUCUGUGAGCAGCCUUCCAGUGGCAGAGGAUGCCUACAGGGUGAGCUUGGCUAAAGGUGUCUCCAUGUCUCUGCCUUCAUCACCUCUGCUGCCUCGACAGUCUCACUCUGUGCCAUCAAGGUCAACCAAAAAGUCCCCAGGUCCUGUCAGGAAGCCCAAGUAUGUGGAAAGCCCCAGAGUGCCUGGAGAUGCAGUCAUAAUCCCGUUCCGAGACGUGCCCAACCCAGCAGAGCCCAGUGAGAAUGAAGCAAAGGCUGAUAAUGAACCGAGCUGUUCGCCGGCAGCUCAAGAACUGUUGACAAGGCUGGGAUUUUUACUGGGAGAAGGGAUCCCAAGUGCCACACACAUAACCAUUGAAGAAAAAAAUGAAACCAUGUGCACAGCUCUGAGCCAAGGCAUCAGCCCUUGCUCCACUCUUACAAGCAGCACCGCCUCUCCUAGCACCGAUAGCCCCUGCUCAACCUUGAAUAGCUGUGUCAGCAAGACGGCAGCCAACAAAAGUCCCUGUGAGACCAUUAGCAGCCCUAGUUCCACCCUGGAAAGCAAGGACAGUGGAAUUAUAGCCACAAUUACAAGUUCAUCGGAAAAUGAUGACCGGAGUGGCUCCAGUUUGGAAUGGAAUAAGGACGGAAGCCUAAGGUUAGGGGUACAGAAGGGAGUGCUCCAUGACCGCAGGGCAGAUAAUUGCUCCCCAGUGGCAGAAGAGGAGCCCCCUGGGCCAGCGGGGAGCGUGCUGCCCAAAGCCGAAGCCUCAGUUGGAGAUGGUCCGGUCCCUUAUUCUCAGAGCUCCAGCUCGCUAAUAAUGCCACGGCCCAACUCAGUUGCAGCAACGAGCUCAACCAAAUUGGAAGACCUGAGUUAUUUGGAUGGACAGAGAAAUGCUCCCCUUCGGACAUCAAUUAGGUUACCGUGGCACAAUACGGCCGGAGGUAGGGCACAGGAAGUUAAAGCACGAUUUGCUCCCUACAAGCCACAAGACAUUUUGUUGAAACCAUUAUUGUUUGAAGUACCGAGCAUAACCACAGACUCUGUGUUUGUGGGAAGGGAUUGGCUCUUUCACCAGAUAGAAGAAAACUUGAGGAACACAGAACUGACGGAAAACAGAGGCGCGGUGGUUGUUGGAAACGUGGGCUUUGGGAAGACAGCCAUCAUUUCUAAGUUGGUGGCACUGAGCUGCCAUGGAAGCCGCAUGAGGCAGAUCGCUUCCAACAGCCCCAGCUCAUCACCGAAAACUUCAGAUUCCUCCCAGGAUGUUCCUUUCACUCCACUGCUCUCACCAAGUUCUUCUACAAGUGGUACUGGUGCGGCUAAAUCCUCCCCAGUGUCUGGGUCUGAUGCUCCUGAGAACCGGAGAUCACGAGAGGAUGCCGUGAAAUACCUGGCUUCCAAGGUCGUGGCCUACCACUACUGCCAGGCCGACAACACCUACACGUGCCUGGUGCCCGAGUUCGUGCACAGCGUCGCGGCCCUGCUCUGCCGCUCCCACCAGCUGGCCGCCUACCGGGACCUGCUGAUACGGGAGCCGCAGCUCCAGAGCAUGCUCAGCCUCAGGUCCUGUGUGCAGGACCCGGUGGCCGCCUUCAAGAGGGGCGUGCUGGAGCCGCUCACAAGCCUGAGAAACGAGCAGAAAAUUCCUGAAGAAGAAUACAUUAUUUUGAUAGAUGGCUUAAAUGAAGCUGAGUUUCAUAAACCUGAUUAUGGAGAUACGCUUUCUUCAUUUAUUACCAAGAUUAUUUCUAAAUUCCCUGCUUGGUUGAAGUUGAUUGUGACUGUAAGAGCAAAUUUCCAGGAAAUCGUCAGCGAGCUGCCGUUUGUCAAGCUGUCCUUGGAUGACUUUCCGGACAAUAAAGACAUCCACAGCGACCUGCACGCCUACGUCCAGCACAGGGUCCACAGCAGCCAGGACAUCCUCAGCAACAUCUCGCUGAAUGGCAAGGCCGAUGCCGCCCUCAUCGGCAAAGUGAGCAGCCAUCUGGUUCUGCGGAGCCUCGGCUCCUACCUGUACCUCAAGCUCACCUUGGACCUCUUCGAAAGGGGACACCUGGUCAUCAAGAGCGCCAGCUACAAGGUGGUGCCUGUGUCUCUGUCUGAGCUUUACCUGCUACAGUGCAACAUGAAGUUCAUGACCCAGUCUGCUUUCGAGAGGGCGCUUCCCAUUUUAAACGUGGCCCUGGCGUCCCUCCACCCCAUGACGGAUGAGCAGAUCUUCCAGGCGAUCAACGCCGGCCACAUCCAAGGGGAGCAGGGCUGGGAGGACUUCCAGCAGAGGAUGGAUGCCCUCUCCUGCUUCCUCAUCAAGCGGCGAGACAAAACCCGCAUGUUCUGUCACCCAUCCUUCAGGGAGUGGCUCGUGUGGAGAGCAGAUGGCGAGAACACAGCCUUCCUGUGUGAGCCCAGGAAUGGGCACGCUCUGCUGGCGUUCAUGUUCUCGCGACAGGAGGGCAAGCUGAACCGCCAGCAGACCAUGGAGCUUGGCCAUCACAUCCUGAAGGCACACAUUUUCAAGGGCCUCAGCAAGAAGACGGGAAUCUCUUCAAGCCACCUGCAGGCCCUGUGGAUCGGGUACAGCACCGAGGGGUUGUCCGCGGCCCUGGCCUCUCUCAGGAAUCUCUACACUCCCAAUGUGAAGGUGAGCCGUCUCCUGAUUUUAGGAGGGGCCAACGUGAACUACAGGACCGAAGUGUUAAAUAACGCCCCUAUCCUAUGCGUCCAGUCUCACCUUGGCCAUGAGGAAGUGGUCACUCUGCUUCUGGAAUUCGGCGCCUGCCUGGAUGGCAUGUCGGAGAACGGCAUGACUGCCCUCUGCUACGCGGCCGCUGCAGGCCACAUGAAGCUGGUGUGUCUGCUCACCAAGAAGGGGGCGAGGGUGGACCACUUGGAUAAGAAAGGCCAGUGCGCGCUGGUCCACAGUGCACUGAGGGGCCACGGCGACGUUCUCCGCUACCUGCUGACCUGCGAGUGGUCGUUGGGCCCGGCCCAGCCAGGCGCGCUGAGGAAGAGCCAAGCCUUGCAGCAGGCACUGACCGCGGCCGCCAGCAUGGGCCACAGCGCGGUGCUCCAGUGCUUGCUGGGACUGGAAAAGGAACAUGAAAUAGACGUCAAUGGCACCGACACGCUGUGGGGAGAAACAGCCCUGACGGCCGCUGCUGGACGAGGCAAGCUGGAGGUCUGUGAGCUGCUGCUGGAGCGUGGGGCUGCCGUGUCUCGGACUAACAGGAGAGGGGUCCCUCCACUGUUCUGCGCGGCACGCCAGGGGCAUUGGCAGAUUGUUAGGUUGCUGUUGGACCACGGCUGUGACGUGAACCUAAGUGACAAGCAGGGCCGGACACCCCUCAUGGUGGCUGCUUGCGAAGGGCACCUGAGCACCGUGGAAUUUCUCCUUUCAAAAGGUGCCACCCUUUCUUCUCUGGACAAGGAGGGUCUGUCGGCAUUAAGCUGGGCGUGUCUGAAAGGUCACAGGGCUGUUGUCCAGUUCCUAGUGGAGGAGGGAGCUGAGAUCGACCAGACGGACAAGAACGGCCGCAGCCCCCUGGACCUGGCCGCCUUCUACGGCGACGCGGAGACCGUGCUGUAUCUGGUGGACAAGGGGGCUGUGAUUGAGCACGUGGACCACAGCGGUAUGCGGCCCUUGGACAGAGCCAUCGGCUGUCGGAACACAUCUGUAGUGGUCACGCUGCUGAGGAAAGGAGCCAAAUUAGGAAAUGCUGCCUGGGCGAUGGCUACUUCCAAACCUGAUAUUUUGAUUAUACUUUUACAGAAAUUGAUGGAGGAAGGAAACGUGAUGUACAAAAAAGGGAAGAUGAAAGAGGCAGCCCAGAGGUACCAGUACGCCUUAAGGAAGUUUCCUCGAGAAGGAUUCGGAGAGGACAUGAGACCAUUCAAUGAGCUAAGAGUUUCCCUCUAUCUCAAUCUGUCUCGCUGCCGAAGAAAAACAAAUGACUUCGGCAUGGCAGAAGAAUUUGCUUCCAAGGCCCUUGAGUUGAAACCAAAGUCCUAUGAAGCCUUUUAUGCCAGGGCGAGAGCCAAGAGAAGUAGCAGGCAGUUCGUGGCUGCCCUGGCUGACUUGCGGGAAGCAGUGAAGCUCUGUCCCGCCAACCAGGAGAUCAGGCGGCUCCUGGCCCGCGUGGAGGAGGAGUGUAAGCAGCUCCCGCGGAGCCAGCAGCAGAAGCAGCAGGCCCCCCCGCCUGCCCCACCCACCGACUCGGACAACGACGAGGACGCCCCGACGCCCGGCCUGAACGACCACUUUCACCUUGAGGAGGCUGAAGAGGAGGAGACGUCGCCGCCGGAAGAAGCCGUUUCCCUCGCUCCCAGGCCCCUGCCAUCCUCGUCCGCGCCCUCCGCGUACAUCCGAAACCUUCAGGAAGGGCUCCAGCCCAAGAUAAGGCCCGUGUCGCCGCUGCAGAGUCGGCCGGGGCCUGGCAAGACCCUGAGGGAGGCGGUGGCCCAGCCGGGGCUGACGGUGCAGCCCACCAAGCAGGCGCAGAUCGUGAAGACCAGCCAGCACCUGGGCUCCGGGCCCGCGGGCGUGAGAAACGGCAGCUCGAAGACGCAGGUCUCUCCGCUGAAUCCUCCCCCGAGCCCCAUGCCCGGAAGACUGCCCGCUGCCCCUGCCGGUAGCAGAAGCCUGCAUCUGGAGGGAGCAGCCUCUGGCCCCUUCGGCGAUCGGCUGGGGCCCAGCCCCGCAGUCCACCUGCCGCACAGUGAGGGCGACGCCUCGUAUCCUUUACCAAGCAAGAUAAAAACUGCAGAGAGGCUUCUGUCUCAUGCUGCCGUGGCUGUGGACGUGGUCCCUGUAAACCCAGGGGGGCCAGUGAGCUGCGCCGACACCCGACACCCGACUUCCCUCAGUAGCUCAGGCUCUUCUGGUUCUCCGUCGAGCAGCAUCAAGAUGUCAAGCUCCACCAGUAGUUUGGCUUCAAGCAGCAGUUUCUCGGAUGGCUUCAAAGUCCAAGGACCAGAUGCUCGAAUUAAAGACAAGGUUGGUAGCCAGGUUCCGAGUGGCACAGCUGAGCACAGACCUCGCAAUACUCCAUUCAUGGGCAUCAUGGAUAAGACCGCGAGGUUCCAGCAGCAGAACCAUCCUCCUGGCCGCACCUGGCACUGUGCGGUGCCAGAGGGGCUGCUGACAAGCGCACCUUCUGCAGCUGGCCUGCAGGCCUCGAACUCUGAGAAGCCCUCUCUCAAGCAAGCCAAAGCCUGCCCUGGGUCUACCCUGGGUGGUGGUGUCCACAACGGGGCCCAGGUGAAGGAGCUAGAAGAAAAGAAGUGCCAAAUGCCAGUCCACUGUCAGGACAGCAGAGUAACUAAGACCAUUUCACAUCUGUAUCAGGAAAGUAUGUCUAAACAGCAGUCUCAUAUCAGCAAUGAAGCCCACAGGAGUCACCUCCCUUCAGCAAAACCAAAGCGAUCAUUCAUAGAAUCAAAUGUGUGA